AUGCCUCUUUGGAUUUGGUAUGUUCUCUUAAGUGCUGCAUCAAUGUGCACAGCUCAGACGUUUGACACUUAUGGGGAGAUAUGUCAAAAAAUGUGUGUCUGUGACGAGAAAGAGGGAAUACUGACUGUGAGCUGUGAAAACAGAGGAAUCUCAACCAUCUCAGACAUAAGCCCUCCCUUUUACCCCCUCUAUCACCUCCUACUUACCGGGAACCAACUCCGUAAGCUCUCCGCCAACGAGUUUGUGGAGUACAGAGGAAUGACAAUUUUACAUCUGGGGAAUAACGACAUCUCGGAGGUGGAGGCGGGAGCGUUUAACGGACUUCAGGGAUUACGACGAUUGCAUCUCAACAACAACAAGAUAGACGCCUUGAGGGAAGAGCUUUUCUUCGGCCUGGAAAGUCUGGAGUACCUGCAAAUUGAUUAUAAUUACAUCACUCAAGUGGCCCCGAACACCUUCAACAGACUCAGACAUCUGGAGGUGCUAAUCCUAAAUGACAACCUCAUCUCCAGCCUGCCCAUCAACAUUUUCCAGUAUGUUCCGCUGACCCAUUUGGACUUAAGGGGCAAUCAGCUGAAAGUGCUUCCUUACUCCGGUCUACUGGAGCACAUGAACAGUGUGGUGGAGCUGCAGCUGGAGGAAAACCCUUGGAACUGCUCUUGUGAACUUAUCGCACUCAAAACUUGGCUGGAGAGCAUUUCGUACACAGCCUUAGUCGGGGAUGUAGUUUGCGAGUUUCCGUUUCGCCUCCACGGAAGAGAUCUUGACGAGGUCUCGAAACAGGAGUUGUGCCCGAGGAGAGCCAUUGCUGAAUAUGAGAUGCCGCCCCUGCCUCAUUUGAGCACUGAUGCAUACUAUAGGACUACUCCGCCGCUAGUCACAUCCUCCUUAACAUCAUCUGGGAUUGCGCGCUCAUCAUCAAGACCCACCAAGGGGCCGCGCCAGUCAGGCAAAUUAAAAACAAGGCCAACUGCUCGUGUCCAGUCGAAUAAGCCGCAAAACUAUGGCCAGAUUGUUUCAUAUCAGACAAAAUCACCAGUGCCUUUAGACUGUCCCACAGCUUGUACAUGUAACCUACAAAUAUCAGACCUGGGCCUAAACGUGAACUGCCAGGAGCGAAAGAUAGAGCAGAUAUCAGACUUAGAGCCCAAACCAUACAAUCCCAAAAAGAUGUACCUCACUGGGAACUAUAUCACAGAGGUGGAACAAGCAGACUUUAUUGAGGCUACUGGAUUAGACUUACUUCACCUUGGUAACAACAGAAUAGCACGCAUACAUGAAAGAGCUUUUGGAGACUUAACCAAUCUUAGAAGACUUUACCUGAAUGGGAACUUGAUAGACCGCCUCACCACUGACAUGUUAUAUGGUUUAGAAAGCUUGCAGUUCCUGUAUCUCGAGUACAAUGUUAUAAAAGAAGUCACAGCAGACGCAUUUCAGCACGUGCCAAAACUCCAGCUCCUUUUCCUCAAUAAUAACCUUUUAAAAACCUUACCAGCUGGAGCAUUUUAUGGCCUCACAUUAGCUCGCCUUAAUCUGCGCAACAACCAUUUGCGAUAUCUGCCAGUCAGCGGAGUCCUGGAUCAGCUCACAGCGCUGGUGCAAGUGGACCUGUUUGAGAAUCCGUGGGACUGCUCUUGUAGCAUCCUUGAGCUGAAGUCAUGGCUAGAGCAGCUUAGCACAGGUACAGUUGUAAAUAACGUCAUCUGCGGCUCUCCUAAGAAGCUGGCGGGGGAGGAUAUGAGAUACAUUAAAGCUUCCAAUUUCUGCCCUAAUAACUCCGAGGUGUUAGCUUCCAUGAUCCCUCCAUCCGAAGAGACAUUCCCAGGCAGCACCAUCACCAUAGAAACGUCUUUAGAUUCGGACAUGGACAACAACGCCAUCCCGCUGUCCGUGAUGAUACUCGCCCUCCUUCUCAUAUUUAUAAUGUCGGUUUUCGUAGCAGCCGGCCUGUUCGUAGCCAUGAAAAAGCGCAAACAGAAGAACCAGCACGAGCAGAAUGAAUCCAUGAAUGCCUGCAUCAGUUCACUCAACAUGGAAUACGGGCUGUACAAAAAGGGCGCCAUUCCGAAAGUGAGGACCUCUGCUGGACACGUUUAUGAGUACAUCCCACCGCCGACUGAACUGCCAAGCCGGACAACAGCCCAAACGCCAACCGAUAACAAAUCCGUGGAUGGGUACAGAGACUUUGACGAGAUCAGUGGACCAUUUUUGGGUAAUUCGGAUGAGGAAGCUGCCAGUAACGUGCUGAGUUCUGAAUACAGUGCCACCACUCCUGAACCUCUGAACAAGCCGACCACUCCUCAUCGAGAAGAGCCAUGUUACUACAGGGAUGCACUUGAUCCUGACAAACGUUAUAGCAAUACUUUACCGUGUAGACAUGCGGCUCACUCAUCUAGUCAGUAUUCUUCAGCAGACUUUGAAAAUACUAGUAGACAACAAUACGUGCCACCUGAACGAAUACAACAGACUAUUUUGUACUGUACAGCUCCAAGUACUGUUUACGUUGAACCUAACCGGAGCGAGUACUGGGAGUUAAAAGCAAAACUCCAUAUUGACCCAGAUUACUUGGAAGUUCUGGAAAAGCGGACUACCUUUACGCAGUUUUGA